AUGGCAUGGCACAAAGGCCACCCGCUCUCGCUGACCCUCUUUACGUCCAUAUACCUCGAUAACCUAUUAUGGCCCGUCCCCAAGUCCCUCGAAGAAGCCCAUUUCAGUCGUCAUCAGCCAGGCGAGAAUAAGGCGGAAGCAGGAUUGGUACAUGGGGUGCUGCGCGCAUACUGUCUUGCGCUGGUGAAAUGCUGCGAUUUUGUGCAUUCGCGAGUGGCGGCUGAGUACUACUAUGAGGUAGGUGGUGGUGGUGGUUUCGCCAUUUGA